GUUCCCUGUUCCUUUUAUUGUGCAGAGCCCCUUAAUUAGACUUAAAUUGUAGAUGUAGUAACACACAAGCUUUCACUUAUUAUAAGCUAUGACGUACAACUUAUUGUCAUCUCCAAGAGACGGCAAUAAAUACGCCAAACUUGUGCGUUUUUUACGUCUACAAUUUAAGUCUUUAAGUAAGUGUUACGAUAAUUCUUGUGCUCACACCUUUAGUCGGAAUCGGAGUUAUAAAUUAUGUGUGACUGUGUGUUUUGAGAUCGAUCCUGAGAGAAGUGGGAAUUGAUGUUUUGGUGGGAGUGCGGAAUUUAUAAAUUCAUCGUUCACGUCGAUCACUCGACUCUGUUCCACUAAAAAUAUGUAUAUCAUUGCAGAAUAAAAAAUCGCUGAGAUCGAGCAAGAGUAUCAGCUUAAAUUUAGUUCAUCGUGAAUUAUCUGAGAACGUUUAACGAAUUUCCACAUAAAAAUGGCAGGAGUGAAAUCCAAGAAACUAAGCUUUUUCUCGAAGUUGUAUCUGGCGUCGUAUAAUCUCGGCCAGACUUUGGGAUGGAGUUACUUAUUGUAUCAAAUUAUACAAUAUUAUCUUGAAUCUUCCUCCUCAGAUAGUACCUUGUGGAAUAAAACCAAACUACCUGUAAUCAUUUUUCAAAAUGCAGCUCUAUUGGAGAUAAUACAUGCAGGAAUUGGACUGAUACCAUCCAAUGUUUUAAUCACAUUGGUUCAAGUCUUCAGUCGUAUCAUGGUUGUAAACGGAGUCCUUUUGGUUACUCCUUACACAUACGCUGCUUCGUCUCUAGGUCUUCCACUAGCUCUCAUCGCAUGGUCCAUUACAGAAACCAUUAGAUAUUCCUAUUAUUUCAUAAAUCUCAUCUCUGGUAUUAUGCCACGUGUAUUAGUCUGGCUGAGAUAUACUACAUUCAUCAUAUUAUAUCCAUUGGGCAUUACUGGUGAACUAUUGUGUUUAUAUACCGCCACAAAAUACGCUAACGCUAAUCCUAAUUCUUGGAGUUUUGUUCUACCAAACAAAUGGAAUUUCACAUUUAGCUAUUUGUAUCUUCUGAUAAUAGUUAUGCUAUUUUACAUUCCAGGUUUUCCACCACUUUACUUGCACAUGUUUGCACAAAGACGGAAAAUACUUAAUCCUGCUGCCGCGAAGAAAACUAAUUAAUUUAAAUCUAUAUACAUUUGUUGUAUAUUUCUUAUUUCUAUAAUCAUAUUUAUAUGUACAAAAAAGGGAUGGAGGUGAUAUGUCAUUAUAUGAAAAUGGGUACACAUAUGUUAAAUACAAAAAUAUUUUAUAAAAAGUGUAUGUAUUUUGCUGAA